AUGUCUCUUGGCUGGCGACCUUGUCGAUACGCUCCACCCCCAAGCCUAUGUAAAGCUGAGCAGAGUGCUCUGACUAGUCUCAGCCGCGUGCGACGUACCACAAGUCAAGAGAUACGUGAUGAUAGCCUCGUUGUCUUUGGCGUCGUCAAUGGCGACGCUCGAAUGGCUGGGCGCGCUCUUGGCACUUUAUUGGGCUUUGAGCCUCGCAUUCAGUCUGAUAUCAAGAUCAAGGAAAAGUGGGUUGUUGGUCAAAGAAGCAAAGACGCCGCUUGCUCAGGAGUCAAGCAACACAUCGACAGGUAUUGA